AUGAAAACAGCAUUGGUGUUGGUGAUGUUCAGAUACUUUGUACGAGCAGAUGUGUUCAAGGAGGUUAAUUUGGAGCGUCUUUUGAGCAGUGAUUCUAAGGACACACAGUCUGACGUAAUAGGUAGCUCAUCUUUAAGCGAAGGCUCGAAGAUGCCAUCGAUGCUCAUGGGACAAGAGAAAGACGCUAGCGUGGAAAAGCCAAGCGAUGUUCCGAUUAUUAUUAUAUCUUCUGAAGAGAGCAUGAAAGGCAAGACAGGGCAAGAGCGUGAGCAGCAGGUUAUUUCAAUUGUGAAAGGUGUUCUAUCUGAUCAGAACAUCAAGGCGGAUCUUCAGUCUCUAUCUGAUGGGAAUGCAAAUGAGAUUAAUGAUUCUGGAAGAUUCAGAGAGAGUGAUGAGAGUGCUAGAAUUCCUGGAGUGGUGUACACGCCAUCAGUAGCAAAUAUUGCAGGGGGAAGUAGCAAUGAAUCAUAUUGGACUAGCAUAAUUGACGAUGACGGAAAGGUCAAGAAGGUUAAAGUGAAUGUCAAGGUUAUGACGAUUGUGCAGGAUAUUGAAGAGCCAAAAGGGCAAGGCAAGGAUGAUAAGAAUCUAAAUGGUGUGAAUGGAUCAGAGGAGAAGCAAGAAGCGACUCAGGGGAAUGCAGAUGUUUCUACCAAGGUAUCUACAAUUGGAGUGAAUGAUAGGAAGGAAAAAGAUAAGGAGAAAGAGAAAGAGAAAGAGAAAGAAGAAAAGGAAAAGGAAAAGAAAGAGAAAGAAAAGGAAAAGAAAGAAAAAGAAGAAAAGGAAAAGAAAGAAAAGGAAAAGAAAGAGAAAGAAAAGGAAAAGAAAGAGAAAGAAAAGGAAAAGAAAGAGAAAGAGAAAGAAGAAAAGGAAAAGAAAGAAGAAAAGGAAAAGAAAGAAGAAAAAGAGAAAAAAGAAAAGGAAAAGGAAAAGGAAAAGGAAAAGAAAGAAAAGAAGGAGAAAGAAGGUAAUGAUAAAGACAAGAAAAACAAGGAAGACAGUGAUAAAGAUAAAGAUAAAAAAGAGAAGCUAAAACAGAAGGAAGAUAAGAGAAAAAAUGAGAAGGACAAAAAAGAUGAUGAUGAAUCUUCAGAUGCAUCCUCUAUAAAAAGUAUCUUUGGAUUUUCAGAUAAAGGCAAAGACACAGAGUCUAAGAAAGAGGAUAUAAACGAAAAUGAUAGUAGCAAUAAGGAAGAAAAAGAAGGCAAGAAUAGGAAAGAAAAGAAUGGUGGCCGAGACGACAAGGAUAGGAAGGAUAAAGAGGAAAAGAAAGAAAACAAAGAUAAGAAGGAAGAUAGGAAGGAAAAGAAAGACCAAGAAAACAAAGAUAAGAAGGAAGAUAAGAAGGAAGAUAAGAAGGAAGAUAAGAAGGAAGAUAAGAAGGAAAAGGAUGAAAAUAACAGCGAUAAGAAUGAUGAUAAGAAUAACAAGCGAGAAGGAAAGAAGGAAGAUAAGGAAGAAAGAAGUCCUGAAAUGAACGAUUUGUUUUAU